CGCCGCCGCUUCCGGACCCGCGCUGCAAUCUCGGCCCCCGGGGCCGGCCGCCGGCCAGGAGGUGGCUGCUGACCCGGGUGCCACCGCGCCGCCGUGCGCCUGCAGCUCGCCCACGCGUGGCGCGAGCCUCCGGUAUAAUAUAAGCUACUUCCAUCAUGGGAGAGAUAGAGCAGAAGCCCACCCCAGGGUCUCGCCUGGGGGCCGCCGAGAAUUCAGGGAUCAGCACCUUGGAGCGUGGACAGAAGCCGCCGCCAACACCUUCAGGAAAGCUCGUGUCCAUCAAAAUUCAGAUGCUGGAUGACACCCAGGAAGCAUUUGAAGUCCCACAAAGAGCUCCGGGGAAGGUGCUGCUGGAUGCAGUUUGCAACCACCUCAACCUCGUGGAAGGCGACUAUUUUGGCCUGGAGUUCCCUGAUCACAAAAAGAUCACGGUGUGGCUGGAUCUCUUAAAACCCAUUGUGAAACAGAUUCGAAGGCCAAAGCAUGUUGUUGUUAAGUUUGUGGUGAAAUUCUUUCCACCUGACCACACACAGCUCCAAGAAGAACUCACAAGGUACCUGUUCGCUCUGCAGGUGAAGCAGGACUUGGCUCACGGCAGGUUGACAUGUAAUGACACCAGCGCCGCACUCUUGAUCUCACACAUUGUACAAUCCGAGAUUGGGGAUUUUGAUGAAGCAUUGGACAGAGAGCACUUAGCGAAAAAUAAGUACAUACCUCAGCAAGAUGCACUAGAAGACAAAAUUGUGGAAUUUCACCAUAACCACAUUGGGCAAACUCCAGCAGAGUCAGAUUUCCAGCUCCUGGAGGUGGCCCGACGGCUGGAGAUGUACGGAAUCCGUUUGCACCCAGCCAAGGACAGGGAAGGCACUAAGAUCAACUUGGCCGUCGCCAACACUGGGAUCCUCGUGUUUCAGGGUUUCACCAAGAUCAACGCCUUCAACUGGGCCAAAGUGCGGAAGCUGAGCUUCAAGCGGAAGCGCUUUCUCAUCAAGCUCCGCCCUGACGUGAACAGCUCAUACCAGGAUACCCUGGAAUUCCUCAUGGCCAGUCGGGAUUUCUGCAAGUCCUUCUGGAAAAUCUGUGUUGAACAUCAUGCCUUUUUUAGACUUUUUGAAGAGCCCAAACCAAAGCCAAAGCCUGUUCUCUUUAGUCGAGGGUCAUCGUUUCGGUUCAGCGGUCGGACUCAGAAGCAGGUUCUCGACUACGUUAAGGAAGGAGGACACAAGAAAGUGCAGUUUGAAAGAAAACACAGCAAGAUUCAUUCCAUCAGGAGUCUUGCUACGCAGCCUACAGAACCAAAUUCAGAAGUGCCAAAACAGUCUCCGAAGAGCGCCAGCCUUACAUUUGGAGAAGGUACCCCAUCGCCUGGUGGCCAGAGCUGCCGGCAAGGAAAGGAACUGAAAGUUUCAGCUGAAGAGUCGGGGUCCCACCAGAGCCCUGCUCUGAAGAAGAGCCCUCCAGGGAACGCACUGGCAGAUGGAGCCACCCUUGUGCCGCAGGAGGAAGAGGACGAGGAGGAGGGCGUCAAGGACCGGGUCCAGCCCUGCAAACCUCAGCCCCCGCAGCCAAGCACAGGCUCCCUGACUGGUAGCCCUCACCUUUCAGAGCUGUCCAUCAACUCGCAGGGAGGAGCCGUCCCCGCCACGGUGACCUUGUCUCCCAACCUGAGCCCCGACACCAAGCAGGCCUCGCCCUUGAUCAGCCCGCUGCUGAACGACCAGGCGUGCCCGAGGACCGAUGACGAGGAGGAGGGCCGGAGGAAGAGAUUUCCGACCGACAAGGCAUACUACAUUGCUAAAGAGGUCUCCACCACAGAGCGGACGUAUCUGAAGGACCUCGAGGUCAUCACUUCGUGGUUUCAGAGCACAGCGAGCAAAGAGGACUCCAUGCCGGAAACGCUGAAAAGUCUCAUAUUCCCGAAUUUUGAGCCUUUGCACAAAUUUCAUACCAACUUUCUCAAGGAAAUCGAGCAACGACUCGCCCUAUGGGAAGGCCGCUCAAACGCCCACAUCAGAGGAGAUUACCAAAGAAUCGGCGACGUCAUGCUCAAGAACAUCCAGGGCAUGAAGCACCUGGCCACGCACCUGUGGAAGCACAGCGAGGCUCUGGAGGCGCUGGAGAACACCAUCAAGGGCUCCCGGCGGCUGGAGCACUUCUGCCGAGACUUCGAGCAGCAGAAGGUGUGCUACCUGCCGCUCAACACCUUCCUCCUGCGCCCGCUGCACCGCCUCAUGCACUACAAGCAGGUCCUGGAGCGGCUGUGCAAGUACCACCCGCCGAGCCACGCCGACUUCAGGGACUGCAGAGCCGCGCUGGCAGAGAUCACGGAGAUGGUGGCGCAGCUGCACGGCACCAUGAUCAAGAUGGAGAACUGCCAGAAGCUGCACGAGCUCAAGAAAGAUCUCAUUGGCGUCGACAAUCUCGUGACUCCUGGAAGGGAGUUCAUCCGCCUCGGCAGCCUCAGCAAGCUCUCGGGGAAGGGGCUCCAGCAGCGCAUGUUCUUCCUGUUCAACGAUGUCCUGCUGUAUACCAGCCGAGGGCUGACGGCCUCCAAUCAGUUUAAAGUGCACGGGCAGCUCCCGCUCUACGGCAUGACGAUCCAGGACAGCGAGGAUGAGUGGGGGGUCCCCCACUGCCUGACCCUGCGGGGCCAGCGGCAGUCCAUCGUCGUGGCCGCCAGCUCUCGGGCCGAGAUGGAGAAAUGGGUGGAGGACAUAAAGAUGGCCAUCGACCUGGCUGAGAAGAGCAGCGGCCCCACGGCUGAGGUCCUCGCCAGCAGCCCCCCUGACAACAAGUCUCCCGACGAAGCCACGGCAGCGGACCAAGAGUCGGAGGACGACCUGAGCGCCUCCCGCACCUCGCUGGAGCGCCAGAGCCCUCACCGCGGCAACACGAUGGUGCACGUGUGCUGGCACCGCAGCACCAGCGUCUCCAUGGUGGACUUCAGCAUCGCCGUGGAGAACCAGCUGUCUGGGAACCUGCUGAGGAAAUUCAAAAACAGCAACGGGUGGCAGAAGCUGUGGGUGGUGUUCACAAACUUCUGCCUGUUCUUCUACAAGUCACACCAGGACAAUCAUCCCCUCGCCAGCCUGCCUCUGCUCGGAUACUCACUCACCAUCCCCUCGGAGUCUGAGAACAUCCACAAGGACUACGUGUUCAAGCUGCACUUCAAGUCCCACGUGUACUACUUCAGGGCUGAGAGCGAGUACACGUUUGAAAGGUGGAUGGAAGUCAUCCGAAGUGCCACCUGCUCAGCCUCUCGGGCCCACGUUCUGAGUCACAAAGAAUCCCACGUGUACUGACGGCUGGACCCCUGGCCGCUUGGCCCAGCUGUGGCUGCUUUACUGGAAGACAGUUACCUUGUGUCUGACGAACUCACUCCUGUCCGGACAAAACGCGGUUUUACAGCAACUCUCCCGUCUCCCUCUGCAGGCGCCUGUCCUGACCUCGUCUUCUCCCACAGUCUGUCUUUGGGACGGGCAGCCUCCAGCUCCUGGCCUGGGGGUCUCACCCGUCAUCCCCUGGGGCUGCUCUUUAGUCUGUGCCAGUAUUGAGACAUCGUCAUUCAAGAGUGCCAAAUGACAUUCUUCCCCUCACACCCGCACCCCGAGCGCAGGGCACACACAUCCAUCCACCCGAAGACAGGGCCAGCGUGCUUUUCCUUAGAAAAGGACUUUUACUUUCAUCCGUGAGCUGCUGUUUUCAAAAACGGACUUUGCAGUGUUCUCAACACACAUGGCGCGGUCUUAAACAAGAGAUCAUUUUCAGAUUUCGGUUUUUUCAAUCUUUCUACUUUUAUAAUAGGAAGUUCGUAGGACUCACUUUCCUUGACUAAUAAGUGACCUGCCACACACUCCAUUUGGCCGAGGGGCUUCCUACUCCAGUGACACCCUUGUCACCAGACCGGCUUCUUGGCGGCAGUUGACCAAAUGUUGAAGUGAUUACUAUUUACAGACUAUAGUGGGGUUGUUUUCUGUGAAGAGGCAGAAAUCCAGUGCAAUUCCUGGGCUGUCGCGCUGUACCGUGAGUGGUGUGUACAUGGGGAGCUCUUAGGCUGUGGUGUUUGCUGUCUGUUUCACACGCAUGAGAACCUGUAUGUCACUGACCGGAGCCAUUUGUGCUGUUCGUUGAGGGGUUGUGUGAGCUUUGUGGGCGCAGAAGCAUUGUACAGUCAUGGUACCUAGUCGUCCUCCCGCCGCCGUGGUUCGAAACCACAUUCUCUAGUAGUUAUCUAUUGUGCCUGUCUUCAAAACGGAAGUCUUUCCUCUUUUUAUACUCACCCCCCCAGGCAUGGGUAUCCACUGUAGGACACUGCACCGCCGGGACAGUCACACUUCUCCGGAACCCGGUGGGGCCCACAAAUGGAAAAACUUUUGCCUGUCCUCUGAUUAUCAUUCCCUUAGCGUUCUUGAGCCCUAACUCAAGUCGGCCAACUCAGCACAGUCCUCUCCCAGCACCCUAUGCCCCCAACGGGGGACGCCAACUUAACCUGACACACCAGUGUCCUGGAGCUGUGGCUGUCAUCCACGAUUUACAAUGAGAGGAGGAGCUUGAGAUGUGUUAAUCAUUUGCCUUACAAUGUGUACCAGAUGGUUUUCAGUACUAACAAAAGGGAAUAAAAAUACCUCACGCCACAAUCCAGCAUACUGAAGUUUUAAGGCAAAAUAA